CGUCGGGGGCAGGACCCUGACGUCACUCCCGUGGGCUCCGGGAGGACGCGGACAUGGCGGCUAGCAGCUCUUCCGGCCUCGCGCAGGGCGCCAGCCCGUCGUCCAGGAUGAAGAGCACUGUCAGCCUGGCCCUGGCACCUACCAGCCAGCCGCCUGCACCUAGAGGAGGAGUCACAGUGGGGUACAGCUGCUCCCAGCCCCACCCCAGCCAGGGCCCCACAUCCAACAGCCGGUCCCGGGGUCCUGUGCCUACCACAGCAUCCACCCACCAGGAGGAUGGUCACAGCUGCCGAGAGAAGGCGACCAAGAGCCGCACAGACUCACGGGAGCGGCCAGCCAGGUCGCUCUCCCGGCCAGGACCAAGCUCCCGCAGCCCCGACUCGGACUCGGUGUCGCCGGACUCGUGGGGUGGCCCGGUCCUAGGACCCUGGGACCCCACCUUUACCAGCGACGCGCUGCCGUUCCUGGACAGGCUGCCGAAGCCCAAGGCGGGCCCCAGGCCGCCCUCCAUGCACUACUGCGAAGUUUGCAGGGUCAGCUGCGCGGGGCCGCAGACCUAUCGGGACCACCUGGAAGGGCAGAAGCACCGGAAGAAGCAGGCAGCUCAGAGGACCCGCACGCAGCCCAGUGGAGGUCCUAGAGGAUCCCAGAGCCUUCACUGUGGCCUGUGUGCUGUGUCCUGCACGGGGGCGGACGCCUACGCUGCCCACAUGAGGGGAGCCAGGCACCAGAAGGUCUUCAAGUUGCACACCAGGCUAGGGAAGCCCAUUCCCUCUGAGCCCACACCACGGAGUGUCACCUACACCCGAGGUUCGGACAGCACCCCUGAGACCUCAGUCAAGCAUGAAGCUCAUGCCCGUCACAGCUCACACACCCAAGGCCGGCCAGCACCAGCCAAGGGACCAGCAGCCUCACGCAAGGGGUCACCUGAGCUACAGACAGUGCACAGCUGGCCUGGAGACAGGCGGCCAUCACACUGCAAGGCAGAGGCCACCAGGGGAGGCUCCGGGGAAGCUUCGGGGAUCUCGGGAGACACGGAGCCAGUAGGCACAGAGUACGUCGAGCAGGUGUGCAGCGAGGAGGGGAAGGUGAUCCGCUUCCGAUGCAAGCUCUGCGAAUGCAGCUUCAAUGAUAGGAAUGCCAGAGACAUGCACCUGACGGGACGCCGGCACCGGCUGCAGUACAGGAAGAAAGUUGACCCUACACUUCCAGUGGCCACCCGGCCCAGUGGCCCCAUGCAGAGGGUGCUGGCCAAGCGGCUGCAGAGGCAGCGGCAGCAGACACAGGCACGGCUGGAGGAUGCACAGCGCUGGAACUCUGAGCUGAGGCAGCAAGAAGAACACAGCAGGCAGCCAGAGGAGCCUCCACAGCCCCAGGUGGAGGAGCAGCUGCCCGGGUCACCCACCUGGGCAUUGCCAGCUCCCACUACCAGACCAGGGAUGGCCAGCCCCCGGCGCCAGUCAGGGCGGCGGCCAGAGAGCAGCGAUGACCGUCAUGUCAUGUAUAAACACGCUUCCAUCUACCCCACGGAGGAGGAGCUCCAGGCUAUCCAGACAGCCGUGUCCCACACAGAGCGAGCCCUCAGACUGGUGUCGGACACGCUGGCCGAGGAGAGCAGCCAGCAAGGUACCCUGGUGUCCCCACCACCGAGGAUGCUCAAGGGAGUGGUGCGGGUUGGCAUUCUGGCCAAGGGCCUGGUCCUUCGCGGGGACCACAGUGUACAGCUGACCUUGCUGUGCUCCAAGAAGCCUACGCACUCCCUGCUGCAGAGGAUCAAGCAGGAGCUGCCCCGAGAGCUGUCUAUAGUGGCAGAGGACAAGUACGAGGUCUCAUCUGACCAUGACGCCAACAUUGUUAUCUCGGCCUGUGUGGAGCCUGGGGUGAAGGUCACCGUGUCUGCCACCUCACCUCUGAUGCGGGAAGACCCUUCCGUAAAACAAGAACUGCAAGACUCUCUGUCUGACCCAGAGGACAUCCUGGACCGGGAGAGGUGCCUCGAGACCCUGGCAGCCCUCCGCCAUGCAAAGUGGUUCCAGGCUCGAGCCAGCGGCCUGCAGCCAUGUGUGAUUGUUAUCCGAGUUCUGAGGGAUCUGUGCCGCUGCCUGCCCCCCUGGGGGGCCCUGCCGGCCUGGGCCAUGGAGCUGCUGGUGGAGAAGGUUCUGAGCAGUGCACCCCGGCCCCUGAGCCCAGGGGAUGCCAUGCGUCGGGUGCUGGAGUACGUGGCCACGGGCGCGCUCCUGACAGGCUGGGGCACACCACAGGCACAGAUACAGAGGCACCACAGAGGACCCAUGUAAAGCCCACUGUGUUGCCAAGACUAGACCUUGCCUGAUGCGGCCCAUGGCCCCGCGUGCUACAGACACAGCACAGUGACCCACCAUGGCCCACUAGUCUCUCAUAAGGGUGUCCACCCUCUCCUGGCUCAGAUGGCCCAGGGCUACAGGACCCUUGUGAGAAAGGACCACAGGAUGCCCUGGAGCCCAUGACCCCACAGCAGCGAGAAGACCUGACAGCCAGUGCACAGGUGCGUGGGUCCCCCCUCACAUGCUGGGAGUAAGGAACUCCCACAGGCGACAAUGACUGGCCUGGGUCACAUGAGACCACAGCACUUGCUUGUCAUAGCCACACAGAGCCCUGGCUCCAUCUAGCAGUACAGGUGGAGGCAGAAGGCUAUCUUUGACUAUUGAGAGUGUUUGAGGCUAGCCUUGGCUACAUGAACACCAGUCUCAAAAGAAGUGCACAGCCACACAGACCCAAGUACCAAACAUUGCCACUUUCAUGGGGGUUGAGUAUCUUACAAGGAAUUUGGGGUCCCUCUACCCAGGAAGUAAAAGUGGGGUCCCAAGAUCUCCAAUCCAGCCCAUGCCACCGGCUAGUGGUGACAUUCCCCAGGGCCACAUGCCUGGCACCAGAAACUGUAACAACAGAACAAACAGCCCAGCCCACUGGUCCCUGGGGACGCAGGUCUGAUCCCUGAAGUCCAGCUAGGGUAGCACUCCCUGACGGUACCUGUUGUCUGCAGCAUGCCCUGCGUCUUGUGGCCUUCCGGCAGAUACACAAGGUCCUGCACAUGGAACACUUACCUCCACGGACCAGAUUCGGGGCCCGGAAGAGGAUGAGGGAGGCUAGUCAGACCCAGGAGGGGGCCAGGGAGAGGAAGAGGGGCCGGCAGGGCACAGCAGGGCUGCCUUGAACCAGCUAUCACCAACCUACACAUCCCAUACCUGAACAGGUGUGGUCCCUCCAGCUGCUGGCUCCUGAAGUGGGACGCCUUUGUCAUUGUGUCUGUAGAUUUAUUCAUGAUGCUGUGGGGGUCCCCCUGAGGUGACCCCAUGCCCAUGGCUGUCACCUACCCACCCCCAAGCCAGAUAGCAGUGACCUCCUUGGUACUAGUUGCUAUGUGAAGCUCCCUUGAUGUCCUAAGAAGUCAAUGGGAUCUGGAUCGCUUCCUUGAGAUGCCAGGAAGGGUGGCCUGGAAUAUUCUGUGGGUCACAGAAUGAGUGUAGAGGAGCAGAGGGUGCAGAAUGGGAUUCCCCACCACAUCCUUCACACAGACCCCCUUACUGCACACCAGCUGUGAGGACACUGUCACCCCCACAGUGCAACCCUAGUCCCAGUCACUGAGUGCCUUCCGUAGAUGACCCACUCCACCCCGUGUCACCCUGUGGACCACUGGGCGUGGACACAGGCGAGGACAAAGCACUAUCCUUUAGGCCUCCUUUGCCUCCUCUGGACCCCCUGGUGUAAUCCCUAGGCUUCAACCCUGUUCCAUUCUGCCUGUGGCUUUCUAAGGCCAGCCAGCCCACAAAAGCCUGGGUGGGGAAUAAAGUAGAUCUGCCCA